AUGGCGCAGGCGGGCGACAGCGACAGCGGACCGCUGCCCACGCUCGCGGCGUUAGCUCUGGAGUCCAAGGACGGUAGCAACGAGGACAAGACCGCAGCGCUAGUGGCCACGUGCUCCUUCAUGUUGUCUCUGGCGCUCGGACUGCGAUUAUUGGGCUUCUAUCUGGCCAAGACACGUCGACGACGUAAACGCCUUCGUCCUCUGCCCGGACUGGGCGUUUUCGUGCCGUUCCCAGCAGCUCUGCACGCCUUAGACGUGAGCGUAUUCGUGGUGCUCUGGUACGCCGUCAGUAUCGGCAUGACGCUGUUCAACAAGUGGUUUUUACGGGUCUGGGCGGGCGGCGGCUACCCGUUCGCCACGACCAUGACGUGCAUCAACAUGUUCGUCAAGUGUUUGUUAUCUAGAAUCAUCGAUCGAUGCUCCAGCGGUGGCAGCAAUGGCAACGGGACGAUGAUGGCGCUGCCCUCGAGUAUCUACUGGAAGCUAGCGGUACCGAUUGGCGUGUGCACUGCUCUAGACAUCAUGCUGUCCAACUUAUCGCUGUUCUACAUCACCGUCACGUUCUACACUAUCGUGAAAUCCGGAGGAAACGUGUGGAACUUGCUAUUCUCCAUUUGCCUUGGACAUCAGCGCCCUUCUUGGCCCUUAUUCGGCGUGAUUGUUUUAAUCUCGAGUGGCAUUGGACUCGCCAGUUACGGCUCGGCUCAGUUUGUUUUUUACGGCUUUAUACUGGUAUUAGCGGCGUCAGUGAUUGGAACGUUGCGGCAAUGGAGGACAGUACUGGAGCGCCGAGGAAUAAAGUGCUGGCUGUAG